CGCAACGCCAAGUUCUCCAGCAGGCUGUCGUGGAGCAUGGGGUGCUGAUGGCCAUGGAGGGCUACCGGGGUUUCCUGGGGCUGCUGGUGUCCGCGCUACUCGUAGGCUUCCUGUCGGUGAUCUUCGUGCUCGUCUGGGUCCUGCACUUCCGAGAGGGGCUUGGCUGGAACGGCGGCGGGCUCGAGUUUAACUGGCACCCGGUGCUCGCGGUGACCGGCUUCGUCUUCAUCCAGGGCAUCGCCAUCAUCGUGUACAGACUGCCAUGGACUUGGAAGUGCAGCAAGCUCUUGAUGAAGUCCAUCCACGCCGGGUUAAAUGCUGUGGCUGCCAUCCUCGCCAUCAUCUCCGUGGUGGCUGUGUUUGAGUACCACAAUGUCCGAAAAGUCCCCCACAUGUACAGUCUGCAUAGCUGGAUUGGACUGACAGCUCUCAUACUCUACAUCCAACAGCUUGUUGUAGGCUUUUUCGUCUUUCUGCUUCCAUGGGCUCCGCUCUCUCUCCGGGCAAUCGUCAUGCCCAUACAUGUGUAUUCUGGACUCCUCCUCUUCGGAACAGUGAUUGCAACAGUUCUCAUGGGAGUGACAGAAAAGCUGUUCUUUGUCCUGAAGCACCCUUCGUACCAUUCAUUCCCUCCAGAAGGUGUUUUUACAAAUACCCUGGGCAUUCUGAUUCUGGUGUUUGGAGCCCUCAUCUUUUGGAUUGUCACCAGGCCACAAUGGAAACGCCCUAGGGAACCAGGCUCUGUCCCUCUCCAGCUAAAUGGAGGCAACUCCGAUGGAAUGGAAGGCGCCAUAGCAAUAAGCUCCGCCCACAGUAUGGACGCAGCCGACGCAGAGUCGAGCAGCGAGGGAGCAGCCCGGAAGAGAACCCUCGGCCUUGCUGACACCGGCCAGAGGUCCACCAUGUGAAAUGUCGGUGCAGCCAUGUACCUUCCCUUCCAAAGCCAGCCCCACAGUUUAGCUUCUCCUACCUAGCCAUAGGUGACUUGGGUUCAUAGGCCAAUGUACACCACGGUCACCAAGGAGGAUUUCCUGAGAGUCAUUGUGUUGACUGAGGCCUGUGAACUUACCAAAUGUAAACGGACAUGAUCAAUAUAAA